AUGCAAAAGCUCUCCAGUAGUUUAGCCAACGACAUCGCCCGCAGUUUAUCUGUUGAUGAUGACGAUGAAGACAUGGGAUUUCAGUUCACCAAACGAGCACAGCGUCAACAGGAAGAUAACCCCAUGCCCACCCUUCGUCGAAUAUCUCUUAGUGGAACGUCCAAUCCGUGCUCGUACUCACUUGAACAGUGGAUGAGACAGCAAGCAGAGAUGCAUCGUAUUCCGCUCUUCAAAUACAAGGAAUUAUCAGAUGAGAAACAAAAGGAACUUCGAAAGGAACUGGAUCUACUGCAGACACCCAAUCAAACCUUUGAUCAGUUGAGAGAACAUUUAUGUAAAGUGCUCAAAUUGGCUGAUGAGCUUGGUGGUGAUCAUACGCUAAAUUUUACAGUAAGUUUUGAUGUUGUCUUUUUGAACAAGAGGCUCAU